AUGCUUCGUCAGGGUCAUCUAUAUCAGUUCACAAGCGAGAUCAAUCUGAGACGUUCAAAAGACUCAUGUGAAUUGGAUCAUUUCAAAGAAGAAAACGAAAACACGAGUUUAGUUCUCAGUAAGGAGAUUAAGCCUCUCAUCUCUAGAGUUUUUGAGGGUAAAGAUGUUCAUGUGAUUGCACAUGGAGCAAAGUGUAGUGGAAAACCACUUAUUAUUCAGGGAUCUGAGUGGGAACCUGAAACUGUGUAUGACAUCUUAGACCAAGAGAAGCGAGUGGUUUCUGUACAAGAAGGUGCACAAGGGAAGAUUCAACUAAGAGGACUUUCUAAGGCAAGUACCUGUGAAGUCACUCUCACGAUUUCAAGAGCAUAUGAUGUGUGUCCUCUGGCAAGUUAUGAAGAAUCCAGGAAACAAUGCAGUGAUCUAGCUCCUCUAGAGAUUACUAAGAUAAAUAAGUCAAUAUAUGCUUUACAGAACGUUAUGUAUGCUAUCAAUGCAAAUGAAUCUCAUGUGCCAUACAUAGAGAGCAACUUGACUCAUAUGCUCAAAGAUUGUUUACAAGGAAGCAACAUAACAUUGUUGAUUACUUACCUGCCGCAGGAGUUUAGCCAAGAUGACUCACUUUACAUGCUAAACUUAGCAUCACAGAUCUGUCUAGGAAGUAAACGAUCCCUGCCUUAUGCUACUACGAAGAGAAACGGUUCUGCAAGAUCUAUUGCAUUAGAAGAAAGUGUCAUGAACUCCCUAGAGAUUAUGAAGAAGUCUCGUGAGCCCCAUGAUUAA